AGUGAUUAAUUUUAAUUGUUAAUUGAAUUGUUUGAACACAAUUACUACUGCUAUAUGUCGUCCGGAGGUAUUGUAAAUCUGAAGACAUUUGAUCCGUUCGCCAAAGAGGACAACUUUGUGGUUCAGGACGGGCUCAUACAUGUCCGCAUCCAACAGAGAAACGGCAGGAAGACAUUGACCACAGUUCAGGGCAUUGACAACGCCUACGACAAGAAGAAGAUAAUCAGGGCCUGCAAAAAGGAGUUCGCCUGUAACGGGACGGUUGUGGAGCACCCGGAAUAUGGGGAAGUGAUUCAACUACAGGGCGAUCAGCGUAACAAUAUUUGCCAAUUUCUAACCAAAGUGCAAAUCGCAAAAGCGGAUCAGCUCAAAGUGCAUGGGUUUUAAACAUUGUUUACUUCAAUUUAUAUUUAUAACGUUAUGCAUAACAUUGAACCCA